GCAUGCGUAUCCAAUCCAGCAGACGUCAGUGAACAUGGCGUUUGUUUAGAGCCCAAGCUGGCACUCGCGUACGUUCCUGUACGUUUUGGUUGAGCGUUUUGGAGACUUUGUCUUUGUGUUGUGUGUAGCAUCCGCGAAGGACCUCGUAAUGUACUGGAAUUACCGAUUUUAACGAACGCGCCUGGACGUUGAGACGUCCUCACACAGCUAACCUAGCUAGCCAGCUAAGCUAAGAGGCUACAGCGGUUGAGCCAGGUGUAUUCUAACACCAUCAACACCGGUCCUGCCCCUUUUUCACGAUUAUUUCGUUGACUUUUUUGACCCUCUCAAAGGAUAUUCGAUGCCAGGUGGACGGACCUGCGGCUGCGUUUCGGUUCCGUUGUAAAGUGUUGGUUUGGUGUUUUGUUUUUUUUUGGUUUUUUAAACUCGCGUCGCGCGCCCACCGUUACCUGAUGAAUUCCAGUCCGCUGCCCAACGGCAAACCGGCGUCGGACAACCAGAGCUGGAACUCGUCGGGCUCCGAGGAGGACCUGGACACCGACCCCGGUCCGCAUGGGGCCACCGCAGAAUUCGGCGGAGUCCUGAGCAAGUGGACAAACUACAUCCAUGGCUGGCAGGACCGAUGGGUUGUGCUGAAGAACAACACCCUGAGCUACUACAAGUCCCAGGAUGAGAGGGAGUAUGGCUGCAGGGGCUCUCUGUGCUUGAGCAAGGCUGUUAUCACGCCCCAUGAGUUUGAUGAGUGCAGACUGGACAUCAGUGUUAAUGACAGCGUAUGGUACCUGAGGGCUUUGGAUCCUGAACACCGUAACCAGUGGAUUGACUCCAUCGAGCAGCACAGGGCCGAGUCUGGUUAUGGUUCUGAGUCGAGUCUGCGGAGACAUGGUUCCAUGCUCUCUCUCACCUCUGCUACCAGUGGAUACUCUGCCACCUCCACCUCCUCCUUUAAGAAGGGCCACAGUCUUCGUGAGAAGCUGGCUGAGAUGGAGACGUUCAGAGACAUUCUGUGCAGACAGGUGGACACGCUGCAGAAAUACUUUGACGCCUGCGCCGAUGCAGUGUCCAAGGAUGAGCUGCAGAGAGACAAGAUUGUGGAGGAUGAUGAGGAUGAUUUUCCAACCACUCGCUCUGAUGGCGAAUUCCUGCACAACCACAACGGGAGCAGAGAGAAGUUAUUCCAGUCUCUAAGCACCAAGGGCAUAAAUGGAAUAGAUUUUAAAGGGGAGGCCAUCACCUUUAAGGCUACUACGGCAGGCAUCCUGGCCACACUGUCUCACUGCAUCGACCUGAUGAUGAAGAGGGAGGACAGCUGGCAGCGGAGACUGGACAAGGAAACAGAGAAAAGGAGGAGAAUUGAGGAGGCCUAUAAAACAGCACUGUCAGAGCUGAAGAAGAAAUCCCAUUUCGGAGGCCCAGACUAUGAGGAGGGUCCCAACAGUCUGAUAAAUGAAGACGAGUUCUUCGAUGCUGUGGAGGCGGCUCUUGACAGACAGGACAAAAUAGAGGAACAGACACACACGGAGAAGUCUCGGGUCCACAGGCCUAGCCCCAUGCCUUCAGCAGACGUCUACUCCACCAUGGGCACCCACCGAUUCGCUGAGAAGUCCUCCACUCCACCCUCCUCCCAUCUAGCCUUCAGCCCCCCUCUUCACCAUGAGCACAGGUUCAGUGCUGAGGUGGAGGAGAUGGUGCAGAGUCACAUGACUUACUCCCUUCAGGAUGUAGGCGGAGAUGCUAACUGGCAGCUGGUGGUGGAGGAGGGUGAGAUGAAGGUGUACAGGAGAGAGGUCGAGGAGAACGGUAUUGUACUGGACCCUCUGAAAGCCACGCACGCAGUGAAGGGUGUCACAGGUCACGAAGUCUGCCACUACUUUUGGGACACGAAUGUCCGCAAUGACUGGGAGACUACUGUUGAAAAUUUUAACAUCGUGGAGACACUGUCAGAUAAUGCCAUAAUCGUCUACCAGACCCACAAGAGGGUGUGGCCUGCGUCACAGCGGGACGUGCUGUAUUUGUCAGCGAUCCGUAAGAUCCUAGCCAACAAUGAGAAUGAUCCCGACACGUGGAUUGUUUGUAACUUCUCUGUCGACCACGACAACGCCCAGCCAAGCAGCAGGUGCGUGCGUGCCAAAAUCAACAUUGCCAUGAUCUGCCAAACCCUUGUCAGCCCACCAGAGGGCGACAGAGCGAUCAGCAGAGAUAACAUCCUGUGCAAAAUCACAUACGUUGCCAAUGUGAAUCCUGGUGGUUGGGCCCCAGCAUCUGUACUAAGAGCAGUGGCGAAAAGAGAGUAUCCCAAAUUCCUGAAGCGAUUCACCUCCUACGUGCAGGAGAAAACUGCCGGCAAGCCCAUCCUCUUCUGAGCGUCCAGAGUGUGCAGCAUCUUCUCCACUCUUCCAGCUGCAGUGUCUCAUGGAAGUGUGAAAACCUCACUGCGUCUCCUCUUCUCCAGACUGUUUGAAUCCAUGGCUGUCACAAGAAACUACAUUUACCCAUAAGUCCUUCAUAUAGGUUUUAAGCUUUAGGUUUUCCUAAGGCUUUAAUGCAUUAGCUGCACAGAGAGGACUACAAAGGUUGCCACAUAUGAAUGUUUCUUCUGUAAUUUCUGGAUGGAUUGGUGG